AGAAAAAUAUGUAGGUAUAAAUAGUUGAGCUAACAUAAUCUGUCUGCAAAUAUAAAGCUUUAAAGUUUAGGUUGCGUUUAGCAUACACAAUAUUUGUUACACAAAUAACACAACUGUUUUAAAACAACUGUUAAAUGAAAAUUAUCUCUUGAAACAUAAAUCUAUAACGCACGUUCUUCUUCCACAAGUUUAUGAAUCAAUAUUUGUGUUUUUGUUGAACACAACUGUUAGUACUGUGUGUAUUCGAGAAAUUGUCCACUCUAUAUUAUAUGAAGUUUAUGUUCGCUCCUAUUGAAUAACAGACGCAAGACACAUUGAGUCAAGAGUAAACGAAUUAUUUUAUAAAAGAUAGAACAUCGAUGUCUAUACGAUUCUGUAGUAUCACACGAGAAGAAAGUGUUUACAGAUAGUAAUAAUAUAUAACAUUUUCUAUAAAACUUCUCUGAAAGAUAACUCAGCCGGUUGUCACUGAAAAAACUGCAACUAGCUGAUCACUCAAACGCUAGUGAUAUGUCGAGGCAAUUUAUAACGUCCAACGAAAUAUGUAAUUUCCAUAUAAAAGUGGAAAGGCAAGCAAAGAGAUGUAGAAAAUAUGGCAUUUGUAACAAACAAGGUACUUCAGGGCUGUCGACAACCAUAAACGAAUCACGGUAUGAAAAUCUAUUUACCAUUAAAAAAUCUAUACCCGUUCAGUCCUCGUAUUCAUAUAAUCUGGAUUUUUCCAUAUUUCCUAUGCUUUGUGAAAAAGUUUACUCUAAAUUGAAAACAGGACUAUUAGAUGAAAAUGUCUGGGAAGUUAUGCCAUUCUGUUCGUUCAUGCAUGCUAUGACAUCUUGUCUCAACGCUUGGUUAUUUAACACAGUAACUUCCAUCAAUCAAGAAAACCGAUAUAAUGACGAGGAAAAUGCCAUGUUAUUAAUUCAGGGCAAUAUGCUCAUACCGCAACCAAUAGCGGAAUAUUUCUCGAUGAUUAAUACAACGACUACGCCAUCGGGUGAGAAUGUCUACGUUAAUCUUCCGGAUUGUUGCCUGCCACAAUUAUCUAUUCCGGCUAUUGGUAACAUUCCAAGGAUAUCGCCGGGAAGCUUUGGAAGUAUAACUCCCGAUUCCCAUAAUGCCUACGAAUGUUACGUAUCUCCAUAUAUAACACGUCGGUUAGUUGAGGCAUCCCGUGAUGGGGAUAUAGGAUAUGAUCCACUACCUACGGGGCAUUAUCCACAAAAUGCCAUUCCAAAUAUGAAUAUGCUUGGAUUUUUCAACCUUGAUGCACUUACAGACGACGAACAACUAAAAGUGGAUAACUACCAUUUCCCCGAGGAAGAUAACAUGACUGGCCGAUUACAACUUGUACCAAGACUGAUGGAUGAUGUUAAUAAUACAUUGCAGUCAUUUCAUUCUUACUAUAAGAUGGUACCUUAUCACAAUAUUCAGCGAAAAUCCGUGCAAUACAAUUUGAUUUACAAUCGGUACAACGAGGAUCCAAAUAUUGAAAUUGAAGUCUCAGAUACUGAGGAUAUGUUAUGUAGUCCUUAUUCUUUUGACGAAACAGCUGCAACGAAAGCCGCAAUGUUCGCUUUCCGACGGGAAAGGACCGACCAAGCUCGUGGAAUAUGUUAUACCACAGAUGAUGAUGUAGAUCCGAAUGAUUGGGCCGCCACGAUCAAUUAUAAUUUUACAAUGACAGGAAUGUUUGCGCCACUAAUUGGUAUUGACUAUCCUCAACUACGACACGCUAUUCAUACAGCGGAUAUGUUGACCAGGAGGUCGGAAGUAAUAGAUAGUUUGAUCGAAGCCAGCGCACAAGACAAUUCGUAUAGCUAUUCAUAGUUCAGCCUAAUACCAUCUUUCAGCGACACCAUAUCUGCGUAAUUGUUAUUUAUUGUGUUGAUGAAUAUUACUAUUUCUGUGUAAGAGAAAAAAAAACGUCAUAAAAAGACGUUCUUCAAAGUAACUAGAACUUAGAACUGGAUCUUAGAAAGUUUCCGUUCUGUGAUUUUUUAUUUGAA